GCAGUUUCCAGGAUGUGGGAACAUAGUGACAUUCUCCCAGUUCCUAUUUAUUGCGGUGGAAGGCUUUAUCUUCGAAGCCAACUUUGGGAGGAAGAGGCCGGCCAUACCAAUAAGGUACUAUUUCAUCAUGGUGGCCAUGUUCUUCACUGUCAGUGUGGUGAAUAACUAUGCCCUGAACUUAAAUAUCGCCAUGCCGCUGCACAUGAUCUUCAGAUCAGGCUCUCUCAUAGCAAGCAUGGCUCUAGGUAUCAUAAUUUUGAAGAAAAGAUACAGCGUAUCUAAAUACAUGUCCAUAGCCCUGGUGUCCCUGGGGAUCUUUACCUGCACUUUCAUGUCUGCAAAGCAAGUGGCAUCUGACUCCAGCUUAAAUGAAGAGGAUGGACUCCAGGUUUUCUUGUGGUGGCUGCUAG